CCCCUCAGCUAAGCGCCUCUGAAUGGGAGCCUUUCACUGACUCAACCGAUUUGGUUUCUGAACUGUGAUCCAGGUAGGGGUUUUUCUGGGGAUGAAGGCGACUUAUUUGUCUUCCUUUCCUCCUCAGGGCUUUAUGGGGCUUGAGCAGUUCUCAUGUGGAUAUCUUCAGGAAGGAGUCUGAUGGAAACAUUGAGCUUUAGUGCUUAGUAACUAGCAGAGUGCUGGACACUCAAUAGCUGAUGGCCAACUAUUUGCUGAAUGAAUGUUAGUUUUUAGGUGUUUCUUUCUCACCUUACAUAAAAACAAACUAAAAUAAGAACACCAAAAAAUAAAUAAUAAAACUCUAAGGACAACAUUCCAGGCAAACAAUUCUUCAGUGACUAGCUUUUCCUUUGGGCACAUCAUCGAGGCAAACCUUUGUUUACUGUUGUGAGCGAAGGCUGCCUCCCGUGCUAUCUGCUAUGUCUGGGUAUUUUUAUGAGAUUUAAUUGCAGACUUUACCCAGGCUGGCUCCUGCAACCAGCCAGCUCACUCCAGCCUCUGGGAAAUAAGCAGACCCGGAAUCUUUGGGUGGCCCAGAGAAAGAACAGCUGACUCAAAGCCCAGCUCUUCAGAUCCUGGUGGAUAUACUACCUGCUCUAUAUCAUGGCCCUCCACCCCCGCAGAGUCCGGCUAAAGCCCUGGCUGGUGGCCCAGGUGGACAGUGGCCUGUACCCUGGGCUCAUCUGGCUGCACAGGGACUCCAAACGCUUCCAGAUUCCCUGGAAACAUGCCACCCGGCACAGCCCCCAACAGGAGGAGGAAAAUACCAUCUUCAAGCUGCAAGUCAGAAGUGAAAUUCAGUCUCUACUGUGGGCUUGUCAAGAUCUUGCUGAGACUGGACCAGGAAAGGCCUGGGCUGUGGAGACAGGGAAGUACCAGGAAGGGGUGGAUGACCCUGACCCGGCUAAAUGGAAGGCCCAGCUCCGCUGUGCUCUCAACAAGAGCAGGGAAUUCAACUUGAUGUAUGAUGGCACCAAGGAGGUGCCCAUGAAUCCAGUGAAGAUAUAUCAAGUGUGUGACAUCCCCCAGCCCCAGGGCUCCAUCAUUAACCCAGGAUCCACUGGAUCUGCUCCUUGGGAUGAGAAGGAUAAUGAUGUGGAUGAAGAAGAUGAGGAAGAUGAGCUGGACCAGUCACAGCACCAUGUUCCCAUCCAGGACACCUUUCCCUUCCUGAACAUCAAUGGUUCUCCCUUGGCACCGGCCAGUGUGGGCAACUGUAGUGUAAGCAACUGCAGUGUGGGCAACUGCAGCCCUGAAGCAGUGUGGCCCAAAACGGAACCUCUGGAGAUGGAAGUACCCCAGGCACCUAUACAGCCCUUUUAUAGCUCUCCAGAGCUGUGGAUCAGCUCUCUUCCAAUGACUGACCUGGACAUCAAGUUUCAGUAUCGUGGGAAAGAGUAUGUGCAGACCUUGACCGUGAGCAACCCGCAGGGCUGCCGGCUCUUCUAUGGGGACCUGGGUCCCAUGCCUGACCAGGAGGAGCUCUUUGGUCCUGUCAGUCUGGAGCAGGUCAAGUUCCCAGGUCCAGAGCACAUCACCAAUGAGAAGCAGAAGCUGUUCACCAGCAAGCUGCUAGACGUCAUGGACAGAGGACUGAUCCUCGAGGUCAGCGGCCACGCCAUUUAUGCCAUCAGGCUGUGUCAGUGCAAGGUGUACUGGUCGGGGCCAUGCGCCCCAUCACUUGUUGCUCCCAACCUGAUUGAGAGGCAAAAGAAGGUCAAACUCUUUUGUCUGGAAACAUUCCUCAGUGAGCUCAUUGCCCACCAGAAAGGACAGAUAGAGAAGCAGCCGCCAUUCGAGAUCUACUUAUGCUUUGGAGAAGAAUGGCCAGACGGGAAACCCCCGGAAAGGAAACUCAUCUUGGUUCAGGUUAUUCCGGUGGUGGCUCGGAUGAUCUACGAGAUGUUUUCUGGUGAUUUCACACGAUCCUUUGACAGUGGCAGUGUCCGCCUGCAGAUCUCGACUCCAGACAUUAAAGAUAACAUCGUUGCUCAGCUGAAGCAGCUGUAUCGCAUCCUCCAAACCCAGGAAAGCUGGCAGCCCAUGCAGUCUACCCCCAACAUGCAGCUGCCCCCGGCCCUGCCGGCUCAGUAAUCACCAAUGCCAUCUUCCUUCUCUUUUUUACAAUAUUGUACAUAUGGAUAUUUUUUAUUAUUCAGAUUUAACCAGCUUGUAAAACCUGCUUUCUUUCUAACAAUGUUAGUAGUUUCUGACUCUCCAAAUAAGUCUGGUUCUUAAAGUUGAUUUAAUUUAUGGAAAAAUCACCCUUUGUACUUUCCCUUUCUUUUUUUAUAAACAUCCCAAUGGUAGUAGAACUGUAGUAGAAGGAGAUUUGGACACCCGGGUUCUAACUAUGGCUUUACUCUCAAUGUACGACCUUGAGCCAGGUCAUUUAACCUCUGGGCUUCAGAUUCAUUACUGUAAAGUGAAGGGGUUGGACUGAUGCCUGAAAUAAUGCCAGCUUUAAAACUCGGACUUGAUGACUUCAUUCUACUUGUACAAGGCAAAACUGCCUGGAACAGAACCCUUCUGAAUUGUUCUUGUACCAAUUUUUCUUUCUUUCUUGCCUUCAUUAAAGUUCCCUCAAGCACUGA